AUGCAGCGACAAUUGGGAGAUGGAACUAGAACGCUAUUUUGGGACGAUGUUUGGAUGAAAGACGGGAGGCUUAGAGACAGAUUUUCAAAUCUCUACAGGGUAGCUGUUGAUAAGGCGCGUGCACCAUCAGUGAUUGUGGCUUUUGGGAUGGGUAUGUAUGGAGUGGGGUUGCAAUGGAGGAGAGCUUUGUGGUCGUGGGAAGAGCAAGAGCUGAGUGAGCUACAAACAGGCCUAGCGAAGGUGGGGAUUCGACAAAGCGAAGUGGAUAAGCUGAUAUGGAAACAUGACAAGGAAGAAAGAGUGAACACCAAAGACAGAUUAGUUAGGUGUAGAAUCUUACCAACAUCAGAAAUUAUCUGUGUUAUUUGUGGCAAGGCACCAGAAUCUGUUCAUCAUCUGUUUUUCACAUGCGAAUAUGCAUGGAAGCUGUGGGAUUCGGCUCUUAGAAAUGAUGUUGUCUUCAAGAAGGAAAAGGUGAAUAUCUCUCUAUUGGAACAAGAUGUAUCGUGUUUGGUGCUAGCUUGGGCAAGAGACAGAAGGUUUCGAAGAACAGGUGCUAAGAAUUGA